AUGGGCGGGCUCAUCGAGUACAAAGCUUUCUUCCCAAUUGAUAGUAUUCAAAAAGUCUGUGAAUUAUUCGAAGAACAGUUGCGUCCUCAGAAAGAGCCGGAUUUAACUUUACUCUCCAUAAUUGCUGGAGCAGUUGAAAACAAUCUGACUAAUAUCAAAACAAGCGAUAAAGAUGUAAAUGUAACACAGAACAAAAUAAGGAUGAAAUUUCCUUCAGUGGCUUGGGACGAAGUUAAGUCGCUCUAUGACCGAUUUGCCACUUUGAUGAGAAGCGGCGUCGAUGCUAAAUUGUUGUCUGGGGAAUAUUCUACUCGAGAAUUAGUAAAGCGGGUUGCCGAUGUGGUUUGGAAUUCUUUGACGCGUAGUUAUUAUAAAGAUAGAGCGCACUUGCAGUCCAUAUACAGUUUCCUGACCGGGAAUAAAUUGGACUGCUUCGGAGUCGCGUUUGCAGUUACAGCAGCCUGUCAAGUUUUAGGUAAAAAUGAUGUACAUCUUGCUCUGUCGGAAGAUCAUGCAUGGGUAGUUUUUGGAAAAGAUGGAAAGGAUACAGCAGAGGUGACAUGGCAUGGUAAAGGAAAUGAAGAUAAAAGAGGCCGACCAGUGGGGGAUGGUGUUUUAGCACAUUCCUGGCUGUAUGUAGCAGGGAAACCUGUAGUAUGCACUAGAGUUAUGGAAGUUGCUGCCUUGGUAUCCUCUAUUAAUCCCACUCUGACUCCAACCAUAGACAUACAUGAGAUUGCUUUAAUGCAGUAUAAGCUCCUUAUGAUCUUGUAUGAAAAGGGGCAUUUGGACGCCUAUCCCAUGGCAUUAGGUAAUCUAGCUGAUUUGGAGGAAUACAUGAAAUUACCAAAUUGUAUUGAUGAGUACAAACAUUCCCCAUUAAAUGGUGAUGAGGCAAUAAAUAACCCUAGGCCAGAUGUUGCCUCACUGUAUUUACAGGCAAUACGUUCUUCGAGAAAUUACUACGAAGAUCGACAUGUUUAUCCUUAUACCUUCCAAGGAGGAUAUUAUCAUCGUCACAAGCAGUAUAAAGAAGCAUUCCACGCGUGGGCUUGCGCGGGCGACGUUAUUCGACAUUACAACUAUUCUCGAGACGAUGAAGAAAUAUAUAAGGAGUUUUCAGAAAUAGCCAAUGAGCUGAUACCUCAACUUAUGAAAGUUGAGAGCUCUGGUCACUCUGCAAGAUCUUUAUUAAAAGAUCCAGAAUGUUUUGCUUCAUUGUUGAGAUUCUACGACGGAAUUUGUAAGUGGGAAGAGGGCAGUCAAACUCCGAUUCUCCAUAUCGGUUGGGCUAAGCCCCUCGUGAGUACGAUUUCGAAGUUUGAUUGCGAUGUACGAGCACAAGUUCACAUUGUAUGCAAUACCGACGACCCUAUAAGCGACGACUCCAAGAUUACUGAGGCCGCAGAGAAUAAAGACCCGACAACAAGCAAUGAUAGCUGGAACGAUGCUUCUGAAAAUGUGAAAAUGUCAGUCCGUGAACAGUUGACAGCGGCAGUGAACAGCAGGCCUCGAGUCACGCUCUACAGCCAUAAAAUGGCAGCGUUGAAACCCUUGCUUCUAGCUGAACGCCUGAACACGCAUGCAUUGCAACUGCAGUUGACUGCACAAAGUCAAUUACAAAGACCCCAAACUCAGAGACGGGAUGACGAGGAACAAAAUACUGGAUCGGCUGCGCGGGCCAAGAGGGCGCGUCGAGAACGAUAG